ACUAUAAUGAUGGUCUAUGGAUGCAGUUGGCCUAAUUAAGGUAACAACGAACAUGGCAAAGGCCCUCAUCUCAUGGGUGAUACGAAGGCUUGAGAGAUCGUUGGUUGAGUUAUCGGAUUCCUCCGACGGGAAGAUAGAAAAAGUAAUUCAUGAGAUGAGAAUUAUUCUUGAUUUCUUGAGAGACAAGAAAUUGGGAAAAGGGAGCAGGCUAAAUUAUUUCAUAGCUGACAUCGCCGAUAUGGUUCGCGAAGCCCUCAACGUCGAGGAUGACUCGAGCAUCUACGCUAAGCUUCAUCACCUCGAGACAUGGGUCGGAGAGGUGAAAACGCGCGUGCUUAAAUAUGGAGUUGAUGGGGCGGAGAAUAGCUUAGAAGGAGACGACGGCGAUGACGAAGAAGGAGAUGCAGUAGGGUUGGAAAAAGACGUGAAGCGACUUCUUCACAGAGGUGUUUUUAGCGAGGAACAAGAACUUCAAACUGCUACUAUCCCAGGCAUGGUUGGUAUUGGGAAGAUGACUCUUGCGAGACAAGUAUACAACCAUGCAGGCGUCAAAGAUCGAUUCGACCGUCGUGUUUGGGUUAGUGUCGCAAGUGAGUUGAGUCAUAAAGAGGUGCUUAAGAAACUGUUACAACAGGUGGUAGAAUGUGAAGAACUAGAAAGAGAUUUGUUAUUGAAGAAAAUGGAGUAUGCGGACAACCGAUGUCUGAGACAGAUGCUUCACCAACGGUUGCAAGGAAUGCGAUAUUUCAUAGUUCUUGACGAUUGGCCCGAAGAAAUGUGCUUGAAAUCUAUCUUGAAAGGUCUUCCACAUGAAGACAAAGGAAGUAGAUUGCUGCUCAGAAAGGGAACUUAUUACAUAGACGCAGCCACUCAUUACAAUCAUGACAUAAAGUGUUUGGAUUAUGAUAGUAGCUGGCAAUUGUUUCUGAAAAUAAUAUUCUCAGCCACAAGUGAGUACACAUUCCCAAAGAAGUUGGAGAAGAAGGCAAGAGAGAUGUUGGCAAAAUGCGGCGGUCUGCCAUUGGCUCUAAAAGAUGUGGGAAAACAGUUAGCAAAGAAGAGAUGCUCAGGGAUUGAAUGGGAAGAAAUUCUUCAGCAACCAAUAGAUUUGAGUGCAAUAUUGGAGAUAUUGGAAUUGAGCUAUCAAAAAUUUGAUCCAAAACUGAAGUCAUGUUUCUUGCAUCUGGCCUUCUUCAAGGAAAAUUCAACACUGAGAGCAGAAAAGUUGAUGCAGAUAUGGGCAGCAGGAGAAAUCGUCCCAGAAUUCGAAACUAAGACAUAUUUAUAUGAGUUAAUUAGGGAAUCCAUUAUUGAAGAGACGGAUUUCACCAUAUACGAUGGAAUAAAAUGUUGCCGCGUCAAUGCUCUUCACAGGCUAUCCAUUGAAAAAGCAUAUGAGGAUGUAAGUUUCGAGAUUUUAAGCAGUAAUGGAAACGCUCAACCCUUGCAGAGUCCUCGUCAUCGCGUUAUCAAAUGUAGCAGAGACAAGUUCAACUACUCCACGGAUCGAGAUAAACAUCUUGUUUCUCUCUUCUUCCAUGGAGGUGGCUACUUGAACGCCAGUCCAUCUUAUUGGAAGAGCUUUGAACUACUUAAGAUACUCGACUUGGAAGAUUUCGGGCUCAAGAUUUUACCAGAAAGUAUCGGCACAUUGAUGGAGUUAAGAUACUUGGGAUUGAGAAACAACUACUUACAAGAGCUCCCACGCUCGUUGAAGUGCUUGAAAAAACUCAAGGUUCUUGAUAUAGCUCUAAACUUUAUAAUGGAGAUGCCAGAUAUUAUAUGGGAAUUGCGUAGCCUCGGUCACAUCUACAUGUCUGAUGUGAUUUGCCGCAAGCCUUUGAAGAUAGACGCACUGCGGGCUCUGGUGAGCUUGACCUACAUCUCUCUGUUGAUAAUUGGAUAUAUGAGCUCUCGGGCUUGCAAACGUUGUACAGUCUCCGAAAACUGGGGAUUCAAGAACUGGAUGCAAACUCAAAUGUAAGCAAGCU